AAGUUUAGCUGACGAUGAAGAAAUAGUUGGUAGUAAUAACCAGUGCAGUCGCUGUUGCAAUUUUAUUUUAGCAAAAUCUCUUCGAUACCAUUUUAUUACUUCUUCGAUUCAAGUAUUCAAAAAUCUCUAUGAAAAUGCAUAUUAACGUUUCUAGAUUUACCUUUCUAGAUUUCGUACAAUGCGUGACAAAUGAACUCUCUUAAAAGUUGCGACGAAGGAAAAAUUUGUAAAUACAAAUUUUUUAUUUUCAUUAUUUUAUUAUUUUAUGUAUAAUAAAUAUAUGUAUAAAUAAAUCUCAUCAUGAAUGAAUAUCUAUCAGAAAAUAUCACGAUGAGCGAUGUAACGAGUGUGGAUGGUCAAUUAACAGAUAAAAGAACUGAGGAUCCUUAUGAAAUGGAUAAAUGUGUCAAAUGGAUUGAAGCUCAUAAUUUAGAAAAGGUAUGUUUACAAUUCCCGGAUGACCUUUUGUCAGAUUCAGUGAACAUUGCGUUACAUAUAGAAAAAUAUAUAAAUAGAAAAGUAUAUAUUUUGGGAGACACUACAUGCGGCAGUUGUUGCGUCGAUAUAAUUACGGCUCAACAUGCCAAUGCCGAUGGCAUAAUACACUUUGGACACGCUUGUCUUAAUCCUGUAAAUCAAAUAUUAGCCUUUCAUGUUUUACCAAAAAAGUCAAUUGAUGUAACAUGCUUUCAAGAUCAGUUUAAAGAAGCAUUACAAGAUACAACAAAAAAAUGUAUACUUUUUUAUGACGUGGCAUAUGCACAUCUGAUCGAAUGUAUAUAUAACAAUUUAAAACCCAUAUUCAAAAAUUUAAUUUUAUCCACAUUAAAUUGUAAAUCAAACGUGGAAUUUACGGAUUCCAAAGAUGCUUCAACAAUGGUUGUCCUAGGUAGAAGGUACAUUUUAAUGAAUGAUACUACAAUAAAUGAUUACGAGGCGGUAUUUUUGGGAGAAAAUGGGAAAACAUUUUCUACAUUGGCAAUGAGCAUUCCUGCAAAAAAAUGGUAUUAUUUUGAAAAUAACAAAGUCAUUGAAUUUAAUGUUUUACAUUCGCCUUGGUUGAAAAGAAGACGGUUUCUCGUUGAAAAGCUUAAGGAUGCUAAAGUUGUAGGUAUAGUAGUAGCUACAUUAGGAAUUCAAGAUUAUCUAAAAUGUAUAUCGAUGGUUAAAAAUAUUCUCAAGGAAAAGAAUAAGAAGACGUAUACAUUGUGUGUUGGUAAAAUAAAUCCAACGAAAUUGGCCAAUUUCCCAGAGAUCGAUGCCUUUAUUGUAAUAGCAUGUUCCGAAAAUGAGGUAUUUGAUUCUCGAGAUUUCUUACGGCCCAUAUUAAUGCCUUUUGAAGUUGAUUUAGCUUUUAAUACUUCGAGGAAAUUCUCCACGCAAUAUUGUAUGGAUUUUAGGCAAAUACUGCCUGAUGGUUUAAAUUAUUGUAAUUUUGAAACGUCCAUGGAAACAGACGUCUCAUUAAUAUCUGGAGAUAUUAGAAAUGCAGAUAAAGAUAUUCUUUGUAUAGAUAAAAUGGAUGCUUUGGUUCUAAAAACACCAGGUGUCGUUGCUAUUGGCAAUGCAGGAGCACAAUUUCUUCAAGAACGAUCUUGGAAAGGAGUUGAGCAAAGAUUAGGAAAAGAUUCUCCAUGUUCUGCACACAUUGGACGUAGUGGUUUAGCGAGUCAUUAUAACAAUGAAUUAUUUUCUAUAGAAAGAAAAAAGGAUAUGCAGACAUAAAAAAAUUCUUUAUGGUUGUAAUUUAUAAAUGAUAAUAAAUAUCGAUUCUAAUAUCAA